AAACCAAAAAGGAUAGGAAAAUAAUAAAUAAAUAAUAUAAAAACAGUAACAAGCGGAUAAGUAGAAACAGAACCACAGAGCUGGUGAUAACUGCAGACCGUCGUUGCCAAAGAGAUCUAAUGGAGAAGUACUUUGGAAAUGCAUACAGAGGAGACCCUGGCGUCCCACACGCAGACCCAGACAGGUUCGUCAACAUUUGGAUCGGGUCGGCUGCGUUCUCUAUUCUCACCUGGUCCAAUCCCUACCUUUGGACUCUCACUAAUCAGUUCAAUUGGCAUGACAAGGCAUUUUUAUUUGAGCAGUAUCAUUGGAAAAAGGCAAUGAAGAAGAAGGAGCCAUAUAAAUUUAAGUGGAAUAAAAUGGACAGAGAGGUUCGUGAUUCAUAUUAUUUCAACUGGCCAAUCUACUUCCCAUAGUUUCAGAAGCAUGUUCUAUAGUGAACUUUGAAAACAAUAUGAAUAAGCUUAUGCUUUCCUCGGUAUCCAAUUCACCUGCUUUCUUUUUAUUUGUGCUUGUACUGGUGGAUUGAAAAUCUUCAAUUAGCAUCUCGAUUUUUGUUUGUUUAUGUUUUAUCGAGCACUGGGUCUUUAAGUUGCCUUUUGCGAGUGUAUUUAGUGUAGAAAGCUCUGGGAAAGACAAGGUAAAUGGUUAAUGUGUGCUUUAAUUUG